GUGAUCCAGCGAGGGGCCCCGCCCCCUCAGUCGUGUGACCGUCGGGCGGGAGGGAAUUCUAGCAACCGACUCUGUUUACGUCUGGCUAAUGCCUGGGUAACCGCUACCGCACUCAAACGGUCCCGGAAGUGCUGGCGGUUGAGGGCGGAGGGCCGGAGCGGGACAGCAGCUGGGUCGCAGCCCGCCACCCCCUCGCGCUGCAGCUGCUCGCGCUCGUGGGGUCGCUGCGCGGGGAGGGCAAAUCCCCUACCCCAACCGCCGCGCACGCGGCCGAUCAGGGCGGGCCCGGCAGGUGCGGCCCCGCCCUGCCCCGCCCCUUCCUGCGCCGCCCCCCCGCGGUGCGUCAUGCGUGAGGGACCGGGUUUGUCUGCGCAGGUCACGUGCCCAUUUUGUUCUCGGCGUUUGUGGUCCGUUAUUGCACGUGGCCAGGUGUUCUGUUGUCCACUUCGUUAGCUCCUUGGGAGCACCCGACUGGUACGUCCACAGUUGCAACAUUGCUACGGUUUGUCAGUCCCUGGCAGUAGGGUUUUGGCUGCUGGAAAGUCCAUUUUUCUGCUGUCAGAGGAAAAGUCUUUCAAGAGUUGCCUUUCUCAGGUGACAUUCAGGUAUCUCCAGGCAGGACUGGCUAAGGCUGAGGGUGGCCUGGGCUAGCUGUGGAUUUCCUGAUGGAAGGUAACACGGAAGAUGAACCUCAAUCUUUGCAAAGCUGCAUGUAUCAGGGAUUAAAGCAUCUGUACCAGGCCCGUCAGCUCUGUGAUGUCACCUUGGUGGCAGAAGGAAAGCACUUCCCAUGUCACAGGAUGCUGUUGGCCUCUGUCAGCCUGUAUUUCCGGUCCAUGUUCACCAGCAACUUCAGAGAGUCUCGGGAUGGGGAGAUUGUGCUACAGAGUAUGGCACCCUCCACCCUUGAGAGUGUGUUGAACUACCUCUACACUGGGGAGAUAUCACUUUCUUCAGAGACUGCUGAGGACCUGUUUGUAGCAGCCAGCUGGCUGCAGAUCCACCCACUGGAGGAGACAGUGAGCAGGUUCCUUCAAGAGAAUAUUUCCACAGAGAACUGCUUCAGGCUUUGUGCAUUGGCUGACAUCCACAACCACCAGGCUCUGCUUUUUGUAGCCACACACUAUAUCAUGCAGGAGUUUGAACGCCUCUCUGAGGAGGAAGACUUUCUGCAUUUGGAUGCCAACAUUUUGAGCCGUAUCAUCUCCUCAGACAACCUGACAGUUGCUUCAGAACUAGUUGUCUGCCAGGCUGUGCAGCGCUGGGUGAAAUUUCAGCCUGCCCAGCGUCUUCCACAACAGGACAAGCUGAUGGGACAUGUCCGCUUUCACCUUAUGAGUGAUGCAGAGUUGGCUGAGGUUGCCCAUUGUGCAGAUGUUGAGAUCCCCAAGAGGCAGCUGAAAGGGGAAGAUGGGCAGUGGGUAAAUGGGGGACCCAGGCAAGGCAUGUAUGAAGAGUGCAUUGUCUGCAUGACAACAGGGACAUGGGAUGAUGACUGUGUUCCACGCUCAGUAUGUAGUACCAACAUUAUAUGUUUUGACCCUAAAACAGAAACAUUUGAUAGUCUGCCACCUUUAAAAUAUGUGAGUUCUUCACACUGUACAGCUGUAGAACAUAAGCUCUAUGUAUCUGGAGGCUACACAUCUGGACCCUUAAACGGUUUGUCUUGUUCAGACACUCUGUAUGAGUACAGUGUUUUUACUGGUAAGUGGACGCAGCUCCCUUCCAUGUCUAAAUGCCGUUCAGGCCAUACCUUUCUUGCAUGUAACCAGAAGCUCUAUGCCGUGGGAGGCCAUCCGUCAAUGUCACUUGAUGUUUCUGGGGAGUGCUUUGACUUGGUGCAAAAUUCAUGGUCUCUGAUUGCUGACAUGCCAUUUCAUCUGGUCAGGGUUGCCUCUGCGGUACUCAAGGCCAAAUUAUACCUAAUAGGUGAACAGGGUUAUGGGUAUUCUGGUCGUGUUUCGUCUCAGGGGUUUCUGAUCUAUGAUACUAAUUUGAAUAGAUGGACAGAAAGGGUUGUAGGUACUGAGCUCUGGAGCAUGACUGCUAUCACAAUGGAUAAUGGGAUAUACCUUGUUGGUAUGCAAACAAAAGAUUUCUGGAGCCGUGAAGCUUUUUGUGAUGAAAACAAGUGUGUUUUCCUCACCGAGGACUGCAACGUGUGCCUCAACCGAAUUCCAAAGUUCCCGAUCGAUGUUGCCAACCCUGGUGGUGUUCAGUGGCAGGGUAGGAUCUAUGUGUUGGGAGGUGAAGGAGAAGAUGACAUAUUUAACCCUUGUAAUAGUAUUUACCAUUGGGCACCUGGUGAGUCCAACUGGACUCUCUGCCCAAGAACUCUCCCUUUUGAUAAUGAAGAACGCUAUGCCUUUGGAAAUGUGACCCUAAAGAGGCCCAAGAAAAUCCUCCCUCUUAAAAGACGUAUAUAGCCUUGAGAGCUUUGUUGGCAGGUAUUUAGUGUCUGUCUGCAUUGCAGGAUGCAGCGCUCUGUGGAUUUUCCACAAACUGUGUGAGCAUGUAUACUCACUCACUAGAGUCUACACAGUUUAUAGCACAUGUGAGAAUGAAGCCUUUUGUCAUAAGGCUGGCAGUGAACCAGCAGUUACAAGAACCCAGUGGGCUUUGCAUAAGUGGAAAACCCUAAGUGCAGCUGGAAGUAGGCAAAUGAUAAGUGAUGUUGGAUCACAGGAUGGAAGUAUAAGUGAGAAACAGCAGCAGCCAGUCAGGUGAUUGCAGGGGUACAAGAAACUGCAGACCUGGGUCAUAGAUGUUUUUGAGGAAAAAUGUGCAACUGAUGAUUCUAAGUAUGACAUGCAGUGAUGCCAUAGCAACCAAGUGACAAAAAUGAAGAACUGAAGUAAAUGGAUAAUUAACCUUUGAAAUAUAGAAACCAUGCAGUCAGUGGGGUGUGGAAGUGGCAAAGGUAGACCGUUGCAAAUAUUCAGAUUAAGCAAACCUCAAAGCAACUCCACUUGCUAAACCUCCCAGCACCAUGCUGUGGAGGAGAGCAGGCACCAGGAUGUCGCUCAUGGUCUAAUGGAUUGCUAGAGCUGGAAGGACCCUCUGGAGGUCUGUAGUUCAACCCCCUGCUCCAGGCAGGGUCACCCCUGUCUAAGCCUGUGCUGUCAAGAGUUUGUCAAACCUCCUCUUAGAGACACCCAGUGACAGGGAUUCCACAGCUGCUCUUGGUGAUGUUCUGAACCGGUUCAAAUAAGGAGUACCCCAUCCAGCAGGACUUGACCUGUCAGGAGACCCUACCAAGCAUUUCAGCCUCAUGCCUUAACCACACAGCCACAACUCCCUGACUGGCCUGUCUUGGGUUGCUCCCAAGGAAUUCUGUAAUUAAUGUGAAUGCUGGGCUUUCGGUACUGCUUUCCUCUCUUCUAAUCGUGUCUGCUGUGUUUUAUGCUGGUGUAUUGAAUAAAGUUGCUCUCUAACCUCCUCCUUGUGGCCCUCAGUGCAAUGACAUGCUCUGCUGUAACAACUGCACUGGGAUGUGACAUGUUAAAUCUUAGUUGCCUUAACUGGAGCAAGGACCUAAGGGAGCUGUCACCCAGUGAAGAAACCAAGGCCAGCUCUUCACACCCUGGCUCCAAAACAAGCAGCAGCAUAGCCGUAUUCGCACAACCCUGCUCCCACACUGA